AUGGGUGACUACUCGAAAGCACUUGAAUUUUACGAAAAAUCACAUAAAAUAAAAGAAAAAGCUCUGCCUCCGAAUCAUCCCGAAUUGGCUAUUUCCUACAACAACAUCGGUCAAGUGUAUAACGCCAUGGGUGACUACUCGAAAGCACUUGAAUUUUACGAAAAAGAUCUCGAAAUCAAGAAAAAAGCUCUACCUCCGAAUCAUCCCGAUUUGGCUACUUCCUACAACAACAUCGGUCUCGUGUAUAACAAGAUGGGUUACUACUCGAAAGCACUUGAAUUUUAUGAAAAAUCACAUAAAAUAAGAGAAAAAGCUCUGCCGCCGAAUCAUCCCGAUUUGGCUAUUUCCUACGGCAACAUCGGUCAAGUGUAUAAUAACAUGGGUGACUACUCGAAAGCACUUGAAUUUUACGAAAAAUCACAUAAAAUAAUAGAAAAAGCUCUGCCUCCGAAUCAUCCCGAUUUGGCUAGUUCCUACAACAACAUCGGUUUCGUGUAUAACAAGAUGGGUUACUACUCGAAAGCACUUGAAUUUUACGAAAAAUCACUUAAAAUAAAAGAAAAAGCUCUGCCUCCGAAUCACCCCUCAUUGGCUACUUCCUACAACAACAUCGGUGGAGUGUAUAGAAACAUGGGUGACUACUCGAAAGCACUUGAAUUCUACGAAAAAUCACAUAAACUCCUCGAAAAAGCUCUGCCUCCGAAUCA